CGACGACCUCCACACCCCUGAAAUCGCUGGGCCGGGCCGGGCCGGGCCCCGGCGGGUGGGACCCCGAGCUGCCGGGCCUCGCCCUGCGCGGCCCCUCGCCCUGAGAUCCCGGUAGCUCCUGCCUGCGAACCUGUCCGGGCUCGCAGCUUCCACGCGUAACGACUUUAGCGCCUGCGAGCUCGUGUGUUUGCGUGAGACUUCUGCCAGCGUGCUCCAGUACUACGAAAAUUACCUUGUUUCGGGUGUUUUUAAUAAAUGGACUGGUUUUGAUAAGACGUAGUACUCCAGCAUGCCUGACGGAAUAUGUUCAGUCAUGGCUUCUGAACUUUGCAAGACGAUUUCUGUGGCGAGGCUUGAAAAGCACAAGAAUUUGUUCUUAAAUUACAGAAACCUGCACCAUUUCCCACUGGAGUUACUGAAGGGUGAAGGACUGCAGUACUUGGAGAGACUCUAUAUGAAAAGGAACUCCCUUACAACCUUGCCAGAAAACCUUGCUCAGAAGCUUCCAAACCUUGUGGAACUAUACCUUCACUCAAAUAACAUAGUUGUGGUCCCGGAAGCUAUUGGGUCCCUUGUGAAACUCCAGUGUCUGGAUCUCAGUGACAAUGCCUUGGAAAUUGUUUGCCCAGAAAUCGGUCGUCUGAGAGCUUUACGUCAUCUUCGAUUGGCUAACAACCAACUGCAAUUCCUACCUGCAGAGGUCGGCGAUUUGAAGGAGCUGCAGACACUAGACAUUUCUGCCAACCGUUUGCCAACUUUGCCCGAGAGGCUUCACCUGUGCCUCUCCCUGCAGCACCUCACCGUGGACCGCAAUCGGCUGUGGUGUGUGCCACGCCGCCUCUGCCAGCUGCCCAGCCUCAGCGAGCUCUCCAUGGCUGGAAACCGUCUCGCCUUUCUGCCCCUCGAUCUAGGUCGAUCUCGAGAACUACAGUAUGUGUACGUGGAUAACAACAUUCACCUGAAAGGGCUGCCAUCCUACCUGUACAAUAAAGUCAUCGGGUGCAGCGGCUGUGGGGCCCCCAUCCAGGUGUCGGAGAUGAAGCUGCUCUCCUUUUCAUCGGGGCAGCUGACCGUCUUCCUGCCAGCCGAGGUGAAGGCCAUAGGGACAGAGCGUGACCACGUGCUGCCUCUGCAGGAGCUGGCCAUGCGGAGUCUCUACCACGCCUGCCACCGCUUCCUCAAAGAUUUGAACUUCCUGUCUCCCAUCUCAUUACCCAGAAGUCUCCUGGAGCUGCUGCACUGUCCCCUGGGACACUGUCACCGGUGUAGUGAGCCCAUGUUUACCAUCGUCUACCCCAAGCUCUUCCCCUUGAGAGAGACGCCAAUGGCAGGGCUGCACCAGGGGACGACAGCGGUUAGUUUUGUGGCUUACUGCUGCUCCACCCAGUGUCUGCAGAUGUUUGACCUGCUGAGUUGAUAAACACUCACAAGCAGAAGGAGCGCUGCCAGCUUGACACUGCGACCACCUCCCUGCAUGUUGCACACCAUGCGGCAGGGCCAGGAGCGGCCUGCAGGCCGGAGCAGGCCCUUCCACCCCGUCCUGUGCAGCACAGGGGCACGAGAACGCCCUGGAAGUGUUGCGAUGGGGCUUCACAACCGAAAUGCCUCCGCUCUUCCCCAAGUCGGAAUACAUCCUCCCCCAAAUUCAGGACAUACUGUCUUCUGUGUUUUUCUUUUUAUGUGUGUCUUAUACGUAAACUAUUUAGUAUCAUGAGCCUCCCCACAUCCAAUUUAAAGCGAGCUGCAGUUCCCUGAAGAACUAUAAUUUGAUAAUAUAGCCACAUUAACUUCCGAACAACACACCUUCAGCGAUGCUUCUCUUCUCUUUCUUUCCCCAGAGAAUUAUUUCCCGGAGAGAUUACUCUCCGUGGUUUCUCCAGUGGAAACUUGUCAGUUUUUAGCAUUUCGGCAAACCCCAGGCCUCAGUCCUCUUGCAUAGCUGGGUGGGGCACCCAAGCUGGCAGCAGAGCGGAGCUUCCGAGAUCCCAGCAGACAUGCCCUCUGGAAAGUACAACCUUGUUUACAAGUGUUGCAAUGCAUUGAGAGGCUCUGGAGAGGAGUUUUAAGAACAAAAAUGUUGAUCUUGAAAUGCAUGUGUAUUUUAAAAGAUUAUAGACAACUAAGUUUUGAAUUCUUUAAUUUCCUGAUAGGACUUUUUUUAAUAUAGGAGAAGUUUGAAGAAUAUUUGAUCUUUAGAAGAUCUGAUCCCUUUCUUUUUAGAUUUAAGUAUUUUCUGAAUAAUAAGAAAAAGGGAGAAAACUCAUGUCAAAAUAAGACCUGCCCUGUUCUUGUUAGAUGGGCUUGUGAUUCGGUUUAUACUGACUUCUAUUAGUUCCUGGUAGAGUUAUUCUAAGUACACCCUGUGCACAUUGGCUUAUUUACCUGGUAUGUCAGACUGUCUUCAUUUUGACUGUAUGGAACAUCCUGUUGUCCAGAUAGCACAGAGAAAGGAGGGCCAUGUUCAGCCUUGGGAUUUUGAGGAAGAAAAAAAAAAGACCAUAAACAGUAAGCCUGUGAGCCUCCCCCUCCAGGGAGACCUGCUCCUCAUGGAAGAGUCAUGUAAUUUGUUCUUCCCUUGAAAGGAUGGCAUUUCAGUGUAACUUCGCUGCCAGAUGUUCAUCUGCUUGCUGUGAAGUGAUUCUUGUAAAGAAGUACUUUUAAAAAAGGAAUUUAAUGAUACAGUUUUAUAUAAGGCAGGACUGAAAGAAGAACCAAGAAGGGUUGCUUGGUAGAAAAAUUAUUUUCGAAAACUUUCCGAUGUCAAAAAUGUGGUUGGCGGCAUCUUAUUAGCUGCCUAACUCUGUAAAGCUGGUCUCUAAUAGUGCCAAAAAUCCUACAUAGUUACUGACAAACGUGUGAUCUCUUUGCAGUCACACCACCUGCUGCCCGGAAAGCAGACUAUCCACAUAGACUGGUGCAGGCAGAAAGUUACCAUGUGUUCCGACUGUAUUUGCACUGUUCUUACUUCCUCCUGUCCCUUUCAAAACUUGGUCUGCUUAGCCUUAACAUUUCAAAGGCUAAGAGUAUAAUAGGAACUGAAGAUCUGUAUCCAAAUGGACCACUCCUUUCAUCCUUUGGAAUAAUUGAAGUUUUGAUGUAACCCCUCCAUGUAUAUAAGUUGGCAGGUGACAAAUGUGGCACGAAACUUCACAGAUGUGCUUCAGGACUAAGUGACUGCUACCUGUCAUUGAAGGGACAGUAAAUAUAUUGCUACAUCUUUCUGUUUCACCUUUUACCAUCGUGUCUUCAAGUGGAGCUAUGAAUUGUGCUAACCUGACAUUCAGGAAUUCUUGUUUAGAUAAGGUAUGUAAUACUAACUUGUUUGAAAUUUUAUAAAGAUGGUUACACGCCAGGCAUCUCUCUCUACCUAUGAUAAACUGUUGAACACCUGCAGUGGGCUGGAUGGACAGUCAGCCUUUGGGCAGUCUCCACCUUAACCCUUGGGUGCAGUGUCUGGGCUUGAUUGAUGAGAAAUGGAAUUUAAAACACUGUUUCCCUGGUGCUGUUCAUCCUGGAAAUUAUGUGCGAGAUUCACUGAUGUCAUUCUUAAACUUUUGAUACUAUAAAGGAGUGAUGUUGAGUAGAGAAAACUUGCCUGCCUACUGUGUAUUUGAACUGUGUCCAAAGCUUUGCAAAAAA